AUGACCGAGGCCACAGCUGGUGAGACCGAUGCGACGGUAACCUUGCUACUGCUCGGCGAUGCGGGAUGUGGGAAAUCCACAUUCUUAUCACGCCUGAAAAGGGGCAAGAAACCCUCGCCAUCACAACCCGGCGCGGCCGCAGACAACACCGUCGAGGCCCUUCGCGAUAGUGACCAGCCAUUUAUCUAUGACAUUCGAUUCUCAAAGAAAAAAUUCACCCUAGAACUUUAUGACACUGCAAGUCCCAAUCAGCAUUGGAGUACUCUCCACCCAGAUGUCGUCGUUCUAGCAUUUGAUAUCUCCAACCGGGAGACAUUAGCGGGUCUUAAAGAGUGGCGGCAGGAUAUAAUUCGAUAUUUCCAGCAUGGUCAUGGCGAGCGCAUCCCAGUGAUGAUGCUCGGUCUGAAACGCGAUCUCAGACAGGAAGGCGAGGACAUCAUUUACCCACAAGAGACAUAUCGCAUUGCCCAAGAACUCCGCUGUGAUAGCUAUGCAGAAUGUUCAGCGGUGACUGGCGAGCUGCUUGCAGAAACAUUCGAGGAUCUUGCUAGAAUGGCAGGGAUGACGACGACAGAGAAGGGUGGCCAAACGGCUGGUGGAUGCAAUAUUCUUUGA